GUCACAGUAAAACGACGCAUUCAAAAUGGUGGGCAAAUAAUAAACGUCGAAAUAUUCGGUAAAUAUUUCAUAAUCCAAGAGCAUGGUGGUUCUUUUUGGCUCUGUAUCAUUGAAUGCCGCUAUUGGUGUUGCGGUUAUGUUGUUGACGUCCACAGUUUUAGCGUCACCAAGCACUCCAUUGCGAACAUUGUACAAAAAAGGCCAGAUAAACAAUAAUAGACAGUUUCCAUCAUCAAAUAAGUGGAAUACUUACAGCAAUGAUUUCUUUUAUGAUGAUAACGGCAUAGAUGUAAAGGAUAGUGAUGUCGUCGAUCCAGAGCGGAAUAAACCAGAAACCGAAUACGUAACUAUUCUCACAGACUAUCCACCGUUUGUUCCUGCUCAUCCCAUUAAAAAACCAAGGAGAAGAAGGUCUAGAAGGGGGAGAGACCUUAGGCCAAAUAAACCCUCUGGCCACUAUCAAAUCCGACAUGCAAUUUUCGCAAGAAAGGGCGUAUCUUUGACAACAGCAAAGAACCAAAACCGAUUAGAAAUCUGGCAAACUAUGCGAGAAACUACAGAGAAAGGAAUAAAGCCAAACGGAAAACAGCCAGGGGGAUAUCUCAAUGACCCAACUCAACAAAACAAGGAUAUAGGUAUGAUGAAGGGUUUUCUCAGGAUGAGUAGUCAUGUUGAUAACCCUAGUGAACAGGUUGGAGUGUCUAAACAUAUAGACAGGGUUCGUAGAGACUCAAAUCCAGUCAAGAAAAUGAUCAUGAGAGCAUACCAGUUUACAAACAUUUUUGGUAAAAUGAAUGAGAUUUACAAAGCCAAGCCCUGCUUGCUCAAUGCCGAACUCGAUGCGUCCCAAGGUCAGUCGGACUUUCGUCCUAUACCAGAACCUACUUCACCGACAAGAAAACACACAAUUAAAGUUGCAGAGAUUAACAAUAACUCUACCCAGAUGAACAUAACAAACGUAAUUGAAGAACAAAAACACAGAGUACGUCGUGCUGCUCAGUCAAAUACUGUUGAGAUAGAAGAAGAGGUACACAAAGUGAACAUAACAAUACCACAAAAUAUUAUUGAUGAAAUACUCAGUGGCAAAUACGUAGUUUCAGUGCUUGGUGACAAAGGAACGCGGAUUGUAAUUGCAGUUGGAAUUGUCACAUUUUUCAUUAUUGGCGCCCUUGUCUUCAUAUUUGUUUACAGAUGGAACGUAGAGGAACAACGAACCAGAGGAAGGAAUUUGAUGUUUAUCGAGCAUUGUAAAUCUUGCAGAAAUCCGAUGAAUAGACUUCACGAUAGCAGUGACUGUGAGUGGAUUUAUGUAAUAUGUGACUGUAGAAACGAUAGGCGCAAAGGAAAGACAGAAUAUAUGAAGCUGAAUGGAGGAAAUCACGUUGUAACAAUGGAGCAUAACUACUCUAUCGACAGUGGCGACAGUUUAGAGCCCGAAUCGUCGCCAGAAAGAGUCGUUGGUGGUGAAGAUACACCCAAACCACCAAAGAAUGUCGGUUCGAACUCAUCAGUUGGUGUCAAGGAUGAAAGACCAAAGAGAGUCAGUUCGAGUUCUUCAACUGGUGUCAAGAAUGUAGGUAACGAACAGACAAAGGGGAGUACCCAAGACAAGGGAUGUAUGGAUUCGUCUGUCGAACUUGAUGAUUCCACCGAAACACCGAAAGACAACGACAUCGAUGCAAGUGCAAAGAAACUGACACAACCUUCAACUGAACUGCCUCCCAUGGCAACCAGCACACCGAAGGAAACCUCACAUUUGAGCGAGCUGGAUUUGUCAUCCGUUGAAAAACCGUCCAACGCUCCACUUCAGUCCAAAAAUGAAAAAAAUACUAUAGAUUCAAGUCCAACAUCACCAGUUAAAUCUAGCUCCCCAAACUUCUCGAAUGAUCAAGAAAAUCAUUCAACAAACUCUCAGACAUCACCAGAUAAUUCUACUUCACCAAAUCGUUUGGUCCCAGAAACUCGUUCAUCACCCCGACGAACAAAAACUACUCCUUUGUCCCUCGACGAUGAUGACAAUACGCAACAAGAAUUGACUCCAUCCCGUGGAUUCCCUACACCCAGUGUUCAAGUUGAUGUGUCUAAAUCCGGGACUCUGUCACCAAGGAAAAUUAUUCGGGAGGUUGACUCUAGCCAAGAGAAACCCGAUCAUGGAUUACGUCUACCCGCUAAGAAAUUGUUUGAUCCCAAUGAUACAUAUGAUGAAUAUGAUUCGUUUGACUGAUUCUAUAUGAUCUUAUAGUUACUGAUUGAAUGAUGAGUCUGUAUCGAUUGGAGACAUUUAACUUCCAUCUUUGAUUGUGUCACAAUAUCUUUAGACGAGUGACUAAGACGACAAGGAUGCUGUAUGUUUACAGGUUAACAUUUAUUUUACAAUUACAAUGAAUAAAUUUUAUCACAACUGAUUACAUUAUUCUCUUGUACAUGUUGUUACACAAAUACUCUCUAGUAAUAGUUGAGCAAACAAGGAUCAAAAGAAUAACACGAUUUGUCCAAGGGUUUAAAUAUACCAUUGAAUAAAAAGUAUAUAUAGAACUACAGUUUAUAUCAGAAGUCUGCUAGUUACAAAGUUGAUGAAUUAGUGCCUGCAUCAACAUGGGGCACUUUUGACUUUGAUUUUCGGGUUGAUUUUCAUAAAAUGGAAUUUGAAGAGGUAAUAUUUUUUGAAGAUGACAUUUGACAACAGAUAACCUUUUAUAGACUCCUUGAUGUGAAAGUAUGCAUGUUUAGUCAUGUUAGUGUGUGAACAAUCUAAAUGAUCAAUGAACGACUAAUGAACCAAAAUCAUUCUUCAAAAGUAAUUUUUAAAAAUGAGAUUGUCAUUUAAAUUGUGAAUUAGGCAGCUUUGUAACCAGUGAACCUCCAUAAGCAUGCCAGAUCCUUAAAGCAAACCUCUCCUUUCGAAUGGUAUAUAUUAAAAUUAAUUUUGGGGCGGAGCUCUCGUUUGCUCAGCUUUAUUAAAUUAUACAUGGUGAAGUGAGCAAUAAAAUGGGACACUUUGUAUCAUUAGAAGUAUUUAGGAUCAUACAGAUAAACCAUGACAUGAUAUACCAAAGCAUGGGGAAUUCAUUUAGCAUAUACACGUAGGAUAUCCUAUGAAUAAUAUAAUGUAGGAAUAUCAUUUUUAUCCACGAUGUGAUAUUGAUAUCUGCACCGAGAGGGAAGCG